AUGUGGUUGGCAGGGGUCCAGUGUUUUUGUCUGCUUCUCCUCAGUGCUCAAGUUGAUGGCUUUUUGAGGAUUCUGAAGUCUGAAAUCAAGAGGCAAACUUUCGACCCCAACAGAAUACCAGCGGGGAGUUUUGACCCCAGUCAAUACAAAUCUCAAGGUUUCGACCCUGCCAGCUACACGUCCCAGCCUUACAAACCAGGCUCCUAUAAUGCACCCAAAUAUGACGCAACCGGACUCAACCAAGUCAAGGGGGACGGCCAAAACCCAAGCCAGUUCCAGCUAGGUCAAAGCGGAGGAGGAAGCGCCGGAGGUUUCAACCCUGAUGCCGUCAACACCCAGAGUUUCAGCUUCUUGAACCCGUCCUCACAGCUCAACGGUAAGAACCCUGGAAGUCCCGCCACGGGAGGAGGGAGUGGAGGAGCAGGAGGAGCAGGAGGAGCAGGAGGAGUGCCUCCCGGUACUUCAUCUCUGUCCAACCCAUCGCAGAGCGGGGGGAGCGGAAGCGGUGCGGGAAACUUCAACCCAAGCGCCAUCAACGGCAUGGCGGGCGGCCAGCAAGUCGCCCAGACCGGGAAUAUGGGAUCCGCCUCAGGGGCGGUAAGUCAAACCGGAGGUUCGUUCAGCCCCAGUGGAAGCAGCAGUCAGAGCGCCAGCAACUUUAACCCCAAUCUCGUCAACAAUAUGAUGACCAGUGGUCAAGCGCCUGGAGGCUCGGCUCCCAGUCAGAACGGACCUGCCGCUGCAUACGGGAAUUUUGAUCCCAACAAACUGAGCACGAUGAAUGCCACACAGACAGGUUGA